GGUGUGUGUAAAAAUGUCUACCGGCGUUGCAGCGAAAAGAUCCAAAAUUGUGUCCCCUCAGCCUGAGGAGAGGGUGGACUGGAAGAAAAGAAAAGCAGAAAUAAAGGAAGCUAAGAAGCAAAGGAAAGAGGCCAAGCUGAUUAAACAUUUGGAAAAGCAGAAACAGGAAGAAGCUGCAGAAAAAGCAAAACUUGAAGAAAGCCAGAACAAAAAAGGUCGGGCUUACACUGUGAGCGUGGCCUUGCCAGGUUCUGUCCUGGACAACGCUCAGUCCACUGAACUUCGUACAUAUCUGGCUGGACAGAUCGCUCGAGCCUGCGUUGUGUUCUGUGUGGAUGAGAUCAUUGUGUUUGAUGAACAAGGGGAAGAUGUCAAGAGUGUUGAAGGUGAAUUUAAAGGUGUUGGGAAGAAGGGACAUGCUUGUAUUCAGCUUGCCAGAAUACUUCAGUAUCUUGAAUGUCCACAGUACCUGCGCAAGUGGUUUUUCCCAAAACAUCAAGAUUUACAGUAUGCAGGUUUGCUUAACCCUUUAGACAGUCCUCACCACAUGAGAAUAGAUGAGGAGUCACAAUACCGGGAAGGCAUCGUCCUCGACAGGCCAAGCAAACAAGGUCAAGGUUCAUUAGUCAACUGUGGAAUGAGAAAGGAUGUUCGGAUUGAUAAACAGCUGCAGUCUGGACUUCGUGUCACAGUACAGCUCAGCAAGACCCAGAAUCAAGAGAGCAAAACAUUUAAAGGUGUGGUGGUGGCUCCUCAUGUGCCCCGGACUGAAGGAGGUCUCUACUGGGGUUACAGUGUCCGCUUGGCAUCUUGUCUCAGUGCAGUUUUCACAGAAAGUCCAUAUAAAGAAGGAUACGAUCUGACUGUUGGCACAUCAGAGAGAGGCAGCAACAUGGACCAAACCACACUGUCGCCAUUCAAGCAUCUUUUGGUAGUUUUUGGAGGUCUUCAGGGAUUGGAGGCCAGUGUAGAUGCUGACCAAAACCUGGAUGUGACUGACCCCAGUGUUUUAUUUGACCUUUACCUGAACACAUGUCCCAGUCAGGGCAGCAGGACCAUUCGCACAGAGGAAGCCAUCUUGAUUUCCAUGGCAGGGCUGAGACAGAAGAUCACAGCUGCCUUUUCAGAUGUUUCCAGUGGUUCAGUGAAGAAUUAGUGAUGGAGGGAUAUAAACAAAGCCACAGAUGUUUUAUCAUCUAUCCGGUAUUUACCCUGAAGUUGUUCAUUUUCCAUAACUGGACCUUUAAGCAUUGCCUACUGUAUAACAGCCAUUGUCUCAAAUAUCCCAUCACACACGUCAGAGUGCUGUCAAUGUUAGAUACCUGUCAGAUUUCUCUUUGUGUUAUUUAGUUGUUAUUCUGUAAUUUUGUUUCUAAAUGAUCCAACAAAGUGUAAUAUUUAAAUACAAAUACUAUGCCCAAG